UAUUUUCUGUUUUGUCUUAUAAAAUCUGUCUUUACUAAACUGAAAAAUGCGUUUUUGUCAUUUAUUUUACUUGUAGUGAAAGUGCAGCAGUAAAUACGACGUCAGCUUUCGGCAGUGGAGGAUGAAAUAUGGCGGCGUCCAGUAAGCAGUAUGGGCUGAUCUUGCCCAAGAAGACCCAGUCAAAGCCAGCAGCUCUACAACGACCAUCUGUAUUUGGGGAUGACUCUGAUGAGGAGGUUGGGGCUUGGCCCAUCCUCUGCCCAGAACUGGAUUCAGUGGACAUCCGUUGGUGAGGCACUGCAGAAGGAAGCAGCUAAGAAGAAAAUGAUGAAGCAGACUCGUCUAGAGAUGCAGAGAGCUCUGGAACAAGAUGCAAGCGUUUAUGAAUAUGACAGCAUCUAUGAUGAAAUGCAGAAAAACAAGGAAGAAUGUGCAGCAAAAGUCCUCUCCGGGGCAGACAAGAAGCCAAAAUAUAUUUCAAGUUUGCUGCAAGCAGUGGAGAAAAGGAAAAAGGAGCAGGAACGUGUAAAGGAAAAAAAGAUCCAGAAGGAACGUGAGGCUGAGGGAGAACAGUUCAAAGACAAGGAUGCCUUUGUUACCUCUGCAUAUCGACAGAAGCUACUGGAGAGGCAGAUGGAAGAAGAGAAUGAGAGAAGAGAGGCAGCAAUGGAGGCGGCCCUUGAUGUUAAAAAACAGAAGGAUCUUAGCGGAUUCUAUAGACAUUUACUGAAUCAGACUGUGGGUGAAGAGGAUCUCCCAGACAGGAGUCUAAAGAGGGAUCACCAAAGUAGAGAAGAGUUAAUUAAGGAAGAGUGCAGCAAAUCUCCACAUCAUGACAAUCAAGACAGAGACAGUGACUUUGAAAUUGACAGUGAUGAAGAAGAAGGAUUGAGCACAAAAUUCAAGAGUUCUUCAGUCAGCAAAACAGAACGAAGCAAUUCUGCACGACAUUACAGACAGAGAUCCGUGUCUUCUGAAAGUGAGCCAGAUAAAAAGAAUGAAAGACACAAAACCAAAGAAAGACAUAGACAUAGAGAGAAAAAGCAUCACAAAGAUAAAGAAAGAGAUUACAGGGACAUAGAGAGGAAGACUGAGAAGGAAGCCAGACGUUUAGAUAGAUGUGAGGAGAGGGACAAAAUGAAAGGUUUCAGAGACUUGGACAGAAGAAGGGAAAGAGACUACAAAGAUUCAGAAAGGUUGAAGGAAAGUGAUGGAGGAAAAGAGUUUAGAUCUACUGAAAAAUUGAGAGAAGAUACCUCAAAAAUCUUCAGGGAUUCAGAGAGAUCAAAAGAUAAAGAAAUACCAAGAAGUUCCAGAGAUUUAGACAGUCAACGGGAAAACCGAUCUCCAAAUUCAGACAAAAGAAAGGAAAGAGAGGAAAGAGACUUUGACAGAGGGAAGCAAAGGAAGGCAAGUUAUAGUGAAAACCAAAAACAGAAGGAGAGCAUAGAGCAGAAAGACCAAGAUGACCACAAAAACAAGAAGUACAAGGGUGAUAAGGAAGAUCAAGAUAAGGGUGAUAGACUUGUGGUAAAAGAAGGAGCAGCUGCAAUAACUGAAAAUGAACAUGUUGCUAAAGAGCCUCAAACUACAUCUUCACUUGCAGCUACGGAGGACAGAAGUGAAGGUGAAUCAAGUUUCAGCAAAUUUGCAAAACGUUGUAAUGAAGAAUCUGUUUUGUCAGCUCGGGAGCGCUACCUGGCAAGACAAAUGGCACGGUCAUCAACCAAAGCAUACAUUGAAAAAGAGGACGAUUAAUCGCAAUAAUUGCUUAGUAAAUAGCUUGGUAAAGAUUUGCAUUCAUUAAAGUUGAAAGUUACCUUUGGGGAGAUGAAAGACUACUCUUCUGUUUUAUUUUCUAAUAGACUGUGUCAAAUAUUUUGAAUUCUAACAAUUGGCACAUUCAUAAGUAACUGCCUGAAAUCACUGACUGCCUGUGUUCAUUUGAAGAUUUUUUUUCAAUUUUUGUUUGACAAGUUCAUUUUUCUUGAUUAUUCUCACUGUGUACCACAUUUUUUGAAGAAACAGGAUAAAGAAAACAUGAUUGGGGUUUCUGAAGCUAAGGUUUGAAAGUAUGCUGUAAAUGCCUCUGUAAAUGGAAAUGGCCAAACUCUACAGGUCCCAAACACCACACCUAUAGUACAUCUUAUUUGACAGGUAGUUUUUUACUUUAGUCAUGACAGGUGCAAUGCAAGAAAUUGUCAUCGAUUUUUGUACGGAGGUAGUUGCAACUAUAUAUGGUAACUUUUUAAAUAAACAACAUUUUGGACUAUUACACAGGAUAUAUUAUUGUAUAUGUAGAUUGAUUAUAUGAGUUUGAGUAUUUGGUAGACAACCUUCUGUGUUUUUUUUAAAGUGCUGCAUAAUAUAGUGCUUAGCCUGUAAUGCAACACUGUAUAUCUUGAAUGGUUGGGUUUCUUAAUCACUAAUGUGGUGACUUCUAAAAUUGAAUUGUAUUGGAGCUGGUUAUUGAUUAUAAGCCUUUAGUUACCUUAUGAACAGACUAUUCAGCUACAAAUGCAUACAUACAUACAUGAUUUUGAUCAUUAAUUUGACAGUAAUAAAGAUGGAGUUUUUUUUACUUUCA